AUGUGCGGAGCUACUUAUUGAUUUUAACAACGCGGUUGGUCCCACGGGGCGGGUGAUGAGAUGGGAAAGGUGGGUUCCGUUGGUUGUGUGCUGCAGAUCUAGAAUGUACAGGGUUCCCCGACUUUGUGUAAGCAAUCUACCGAGGUUCGCUCCUCCUUGCAUCUUUAAUCUUGACCUCCAGGACCGCACCAUGCUGCCGACAACAGUGACGAAGGCAGAAUGACCUCGUACAAGAUGAGACAGGAUUCAAAGGCUACCGAAACCUUUCAGCUUACUCAUUUUGUGCCGUCCAUAUUCGACCGAGUGGAGGCUGGGGAAGCAUCGCCCCAUCAUUUCGUUAUAUCAUUCACAGUAACUUCCCCAAACAAGCUAUGGCUUCGAUGCUCUGAUCAGCGCGCGGUGGUCGAAUUCCAGUGGUUCAGAUUGCAACACACCGCCUCUACGAUUGACCGAGAGCUCUGGGCGCUUUACAACUCCACGUCUCUCUAUUUCAUUGUCGGUAUUACCUUGCCAUUUCGCGUCAUUUCGAAACAGGACAACAUCCACUUCGAGAAUAGAUUGAGCUCUUGAAUUGAGCAAAACAUUGUUAGGACGUCUUUGAUGGGUGUUUCCGAAGCGCG